AUGGAAAAUUUCCAAGAACAGCAGGAGAUUAUUGGCCGAAAUCUAAGUAAGACACCUAAGUUUGCAUCUCGCUUUACACUGGCCACCAAUGAAACCAUUUCACAGACCCCUCAGGUCGUUAGACUCGGCUUGAAAGGCGACCCCUCCACCGCACGAGUCUUCUCCACCGCUCCUAGACUUCAGAGCCCCGCCGCCGAAACCGCCCCCGAGCGCGUACAGGCGAGCGCUACCGAAGCCUCUGGUUUAGGGACUGUAUUGGAGCGAGUCAACCGUGGACCAAGUUCCCCGGAUGGGGCUGAUUAUCGAGCGCCGCUGGCGCAGCUGGACUAUGACCUCAACUCGUGCCUAGCCAUGCGCGGGCAAUUAUUGUAUGCGGAAUGUUUGUGGUGGCUGUUGCGUCUACACCCCAUCCGCUGGGUCCACGGCGGAGGCGGAGGGCAGGCUGUGGCGCUGGGCGUUGAGCACGCUCGUGGAGGCCGGGCAGCGCGCGUGCGAGGGACGCAGGAGGUACAGGCACGGCGGCGACGCGAGGCGGCGGCGACGCGAGGCGAGGUGGGCGCGGAGGACGUCGCGCACCCUGCGCAGAAGCAGCCGGCGCUUGCAGCGGGCGCGCGGGGCCGCCUCCGCUGCCGCCCCCGCGCCGCCUCCGCCUCCGCCCCCGCGCCCACUCCCGCCGGCCGACGAGGGGCGAACCACGCGCCGCCGCCGGCCGCGCCGCCGCCGUCGCCUGUGGCCCCCGCUGCUGCUGCCGUUGCCGGCCGGCUGAUGGACCUCCGAACUUCCUUGCCACGACUUUCUUCAGAAGCAUCUGAAACUUCAUUAGAAGGCUUGUCGGCGUCGUCAUUUGAAUUGAAUGUUCGCAACUUCGUGUUGGUGAGUAAACUAACACAGCAUUUAUGCCUUGCUGAUAUAUCUUGUCGUGGAUCAGUAUCCUUGGGCGAUGGAGGAGUCGUGACAACUGCCAUGAUUCGAGAAGUUCGACUAGUGUGUGAGUUGGUGGAGGCUGUUGAAUUUCCUGGUUUUGAGUUAAUGGUGACAGCUGUAGACUUUCCUUUCCCAGCUGCAGAAGCUGAUGGCUGGCUGACUUGUGAAAACACGGGGACUUAUGGAAUUUCUCUCAUAUCAUCUGCAGAGGGUGGCUGGAUAAAAUGUCUGGCGGCAGCUGCGGAAAAAUCUUCGAUGACCUCCUCUAAGUAUAAGUGCUUGUUUUUACCUGAUGAUGGAGAUGCAGCAUGAGGACCAAAACGUUGUAAACUGCAGAAAAUCUGAAUAAAUAAUGUUCUAAUAAGAUUGAUGUGAUUAAUGUUCUAAUAAGACUGUGUGAUUAAAAUAAAUGUGAUUGUCUAUAAACUC